AGUAUGGCCAAACCGUUCUACAGACUACAGCACUUCUUAAGGCAGGCUCAGUUGUUCCUUCUCUUCCUGGGCGUGGCUUAUAUCAUGGCAGGAAGUGUGUUACUGCUUCAGCGAUCCAGUAUGGUAACAUUUCAGAGAGAAACAGAUACGGUCGCACUCCCCUACCUACUGGCACCACCUCAAGCCCUGGAGGUACCUGGUGCAAGAUGGUUCUACAGGAGGAAUGGUGCCAGAGUAAUUCAGGAUGUGGAGAACAGACCUCUCGAUCCAUCAGGCAGCAGAAUGGACCAGAGCCACCUCGUAUCCCGUAACCUGGAGAUCAGGCAUCUGAGACGCCAUUGGUUCCACAAUAAUGGAGCUGAACAGGAAAGCUCAGCUGAACGCAAUCGAUUACAAAAGGAAGCAAGACAUAAAGGGACCUAUAUUGGGUGUUUCAUAAACAACGAAACGGAACAUGCACUUGGUGGGACCGUCCUAUAUGACUUCCGAAAAAUGACCAGCGCGUUAUGUCAGGACACCUGCUCAGAAAGUGGGUUUCGGUACGCUGGGCUGGAAUAUGGAGCGGAGUGCCAUUGUGGUAAUCGCGUUUGUGCCCGUCGGGCUCGGGGAGAGGACUGCAAUCUGGAAUGCAGGGGGGAGAAGGGCUCCCCCUGCGGCGGUGUGGGCCGUCUGUCUGUAUACAGAGUUGAAGAUCGGCUUCCAGGACAGAAGAGAUACAGAACGGUCCACUACCAUGGCUGUUUCAAGAGGUCAAAGAGCUCUACCGCUGACUUCCUGAUUCAGACCUUUGGGACGACACAUACGCCUCUGCAUUGUAUAGAGUCCUGCACAGAUCAGGAGCUGCCGUUGGCUUUAUUGACAGGGCGGGACUGUUUUUGUAGCUACACCCCCUUUCUCUUAACAAUGCAGAUGAGUGAGCAGGAACACGUUUGUGGGAGGGCCAACCAAACAAAUCGUGCAUCCACUAAUGACCUUGACUACUUUUGGGUCUACAGCACACCUGUGCUAGAUAAAAAAUGCAAAGAACGGACGUUUCUGCCCCAGAAAUCCCGCACCCUUGUAGCCCUCUCUAGCUUUCCAGGGGCAGGAAACACCUGGUUACGUCAUUUGAUUGAGUUGGCCACUGGAUUCUACACUGGCAGUUAUUACUUUGACGGUUCUUUAUACAACAAAGGUUUUAAAGGCGAGAAGGAUUACUGGCAGAGUGGGAGAGUCAUCUGCAUCAAGACUCAUGAGAGCGGCCAGCGAGAGAUAGAAACGUUCGACUCUGCCAUUCUGCUAAUGCGAAACCCCUAUCGCUCUCUGAUGGCAGAGUUCAACCGCAAGUGUGCCGGACACCUGGGCUAUGCGUCGGAUGUUCACUGGAAAGGCAAAGAAUGGUCUGAGUUUGUGGAUAGUUAUUCCUCCUGGUGGGUGUCUCAUGCUCUGGCCUGGCUGCGAUUUGCCCAUCGCCUGCUUGUGGUACAUUUUGAGAAUCUUCAAAAAGAUCUUGUCCCUCAGUUAAAGACUAUUACUGCUUUCCUGAACAUCAGCAUUCCAGAGGAAAGACUUGUAUGUAUGGAAAGCAACAGAGAUGGGCAUUUUAAACGCUCUGGAUCUCGUGGUCAAAACUUUGAUCCCUUCACCACCGAGAUGAGAGCUAGUAUAGAUGAACACAUCCACACAGUAGAUAAAGCCCUCAAAGACAGAAACCUCAGCGGUCUACCACAGGACUACAUGCCCAGAUGA